AUGGAUGCAAUGCGAUACUCAAGCUUGGAGUUUACAUUUGCUCUUAUCGCUAAACAGAAAAAAUCUUGCAUCGGCAACAAUCCCGAGUCCAACAACGCCAAUAACAUCGACAUCGACAACAGAAUCCCCGACAAUAACGCCGACAACAGCAUCGACGUCGACAACAGCAACCUCGACAACAAUAUCAACAACAACGGAGACUUCAACACAGUUUACAACAACGACAAUGCCGGGGCUGUCUGCACAUAUAUGCAAAUAGCAUUGCUUCUGACGAACGAAUCUCUGCAAUUUGCAACAGAGAUCGACCUCAAUGGCACAGCUAAAUUGAAGAGUCGAGACAUACGUGAUAACCCUGGCUUCUGUAAGCAGAACAGCUAUAACGCCCGGACUGGCAUGGAGUCUCUUGUUGUUACACCAGUUUCAAAAGCAUCAGCCAAUCAGAGAGCAGGAAGAGCUGGUCGCGUCUCUGCAGGAAAAUGUUUCCGUCUCUACACAGCUUGGGCCUACAAGAAUGAACUCGAGGACAACACUGUGCCAGAAAUACAGAGGACCAACCUCGGCAACGUCGUGCUUCUACUGAAGAGCUUAGGAAUAAACGAUCUCAUUCACUUUGACUUUAUGGACCCACCCCCACACGAGACCCUAGUGCUAGCUCUGGAGCAGUUGUAUGCUCUUGGGGCGCUGAACCACAAGGGGGAGUUAACCAAGUUAGGACGGAGGAUGGCAGAGUUUCCAGUGGACCCAAUGCUGUCUAAAAUGAUCCUUGCUUCGGAAAGGUACAAAUGCUCCAAGGAGAUCCUCACAAUCACAGCUAUGCUGUCCGUGAACAAUGCAGUUUUCUAUCGGCCCAAGGACAAAGUGGUUCAUGCAGACACGGCGCGUCAGAACUUCUUCCUGCCUGGGGGAGACCACAUCACGCUAAUGAACGUCUACAACCAGUGGGAGGAGACGGCCCAUUCUACGCAGUGGUGCUUUGAGAAUUUUAUACAGUACAGAUCUAUGAAGAGAGCCAGAGAUGUUCGUGACCAGCUGGAGGGUCUGAUGGAGAGAGUGGAGAUAGAAGUGACCUCUAACCCCCUGGACACUGUCAGCAUACGUAAGGCAAUCACUGCAGGGUUUUUCUACCACACUGCCAAGCUGGACAAGGGAGGCAACUAUCGAACUGUUAAGCACAACCAGACCGUCAUGGUUCACCCCAACAGCUCCAUGUUCGAGGACCGACCCAAGUGGAUUAUAUACCAUGAGCUCGUAUUCACCACUAAAGAAUUCAUGAGACAGGUGAUAGAAAUUGAGAACGGCUGGCUGUUGGAGGUUGCACCGCACUAUUACAAGGCUAAAGAGUUGGAGGACGGAUCAGGACGCAAGAUGCCUAAAAACACUGGGAAGACUCGAGCCGACGUUACACGAACCUACUGAUAGCGAGGACAAGAAUCAUGUGGAAAAGACGCUUCAAAGCCAGCCAUAGGUGGAACUUCUAAAAGCUGGUCACCAUUCCAUUAUGCCCAUGAUUUACAAGGCUCAUGGAUCACUGUAAAAUCUGCAAAAUGUUAUGGCAUAUGGUGGCAUAUUUGAGCAUUUGGCUAAGAACGGUGUGAUUGUUUAGAAGUUUUUUCUUUGAAUUGGUGUUUGAAAUACCUAGUAAAAGCAUACCUAGAAAGAGUAGGAUUCAUCUCAGAGGUACAUAACAGAAAGCAUGAAAAGACAUUCUGCUUGUAUGCAGAAAAGUGUGGAAAAACAGGAACCAUGGUUUUGGUUGAUAUUGUACACAUUUACAGUGGAAGGUACGGCUUAUGCAGAACAGUAUAACUGCAUAGCCUUAGUAAUAUGGAGGUCCAUGAAGGCCCAUUGAACACAACUAUGUCAUGGUCACAUUGAUUUUGUUGGAUAAUGAUCAUAUUUACAAUCAUUCACAUAAUUUCUGUAAUAUAUUUUUUAUGCUCCCCCAACAAAUUUUUAGGGGGGAGCAUAUAGUCGCCGCUUCGUCCGUCCGUGCGUUUGUCCGUGCGUGCACAGUUUUUGUCCGGGCUAUUUCUCAGCAAUUAAUGACCGGAAUUCAAUUAAACUUUAUGGGAAGCUUCACUACCAAGAGGAGAUGUGCAUAUUAUCAGCCGGUUCUGGUCGGAUGAUUUUUCAAAGAGUUAUGGCCCUUUGAAAUUUUCCAUUCACUGUUCAUAUAGUGCAAUUCUUGUCCGGGCUAUUUCUCAGCAAAUAAUGACCAGAAUGCAAUGAAACUUUAUGGGAAGCUUCACUACCAAGAGGACAUGUGCAUAUUAUCAGCGGGUUCUAGUCAGAUGAUUUUUCACAGAGUUAUGGCCCUUUGAAAUUUUUAAGUUGCUAAACCAUCCAUCGUAUUAUUUUGUCCAAAGUUAUGCCCCUGAAGACGUUUCCUUUUAUCUGAAUAUAUAGUGCAAUAUUGUGAAGAAAAAAAAACUUUGGGGAGCAUCACCCGUCUCCGACGGUUUCUUGUCUAAUUUAUGAAAGUGAAAUGGUCAUGGUUAUUUAAAUGCAGAUAUUUUUAAACUUUAAAGCUAAUUGAACAAGGGCCACCAUGGAUUAAAUGGAUGUGGGCCAGAAUUGGUAAACAUGAACCGCAGAAAUGAAAUCCAUUAUGGCCAGAAAUAGUGGAAUUCUUGACCAUCAGUGAAAGUGAUAAAUGUUGCGCAUUGUGAGAAUGUUUACAUAUAUGAAAUGUUUAUAAAAAAAAAAUUAUU